CGCGGGCGGAGCGCGGCCGCGGAGCGCUGGGUCCGGACAGACGGCUGCGGGGCGCUCCAGGACCUGGAGCAAUGGCCUCAAAGCCUGAGAAGAGGGUCGCCUCAUCUGUGUUCAUCACCCUGAUGCCCCCACGCCGCAGCGUGGCCGUGACUGAGGAAGUGAGGCCAGUGACUGGGGAGUCUCAGUGCAGCCGGCCCUGGGAGCCCUCUACCCCCGUGAAGGCCCCUGGGCCUGGCACGGCCAGGAAACCCAGCCCCUGGACUGUUACUGGCAGAACUGCAGCCACUGUCCCAGCUGCGCCUCCUCAGCUCUCCAAUGGAGAUGUCUGUGCCUUCUGCCACAAGACCGUGUCCCCCCGGGAGCUGGCGGUAGAGGCCAUGAAGAAGCAGUACCACGCCCAGUGCUUCACCUGCCGCACCUGCCGCCGCCAGCUGGCCGGGCAGAGCUUCUACCAGAAGGACGGGCGGCCCCUCUGUGAACUGUGCUACCAGGACACCCUGGAGAAGUGUGGCAAGUGCGGCGAGGUGGUCCGCGAGCACAUCAUCAGGGCCCUGGGCCAGGCCUUCCACCCAGCCUGCUUCACAUGCGUGACCUGCGCCCGGUGCAUCGGCGCCGAGAGCUUCGCCCUGGAUGGCCAGGACCAGGUGUACUGCCUGGACGACUUCUAUAGGAAAUUCGCCCCGGUGUGCAGCAUCUGUGAGAAUCCCAUCAUCCCCCGGGACGGGAAGGACGCCUUCAAAAUCGAGUGCAUGGGGAGGAACUUCCACGAGAGCUGCUACAGAUGCGAGGACUGCAGUGUCCCCCUGUCUAUAGAGCCCACAGACCAGGGCUGCUACCCGCUGAACGACCACCUCUUCUGCAAGCCGUGCCACGUGAAGCGCAGCGCUGCAGGCUGCUGCUGAGACCCUGCCAGCCCGCCGCGCCCCCUGCCUCAGUUUCCCUCCCUGACCCGCUCCCCCCUUUCCUUCCACACCCCUGCAGGGCGCUGGGGCCCCAGCUUCCAGCUGUGCUUUGGUGUGGGCACCAGCAGCCUUUGCACCUUGGACAUCACACCCAGAGCCCCUCCGACCUCUGGACCAACCCUUUUCCGGCCACUGGUCUCCCAGUGGUACCUGUCCCAAGGGUGCUGGGCCAGCAGUGCAUGCAGGGAAAGCUCCAAAGUCGCUGAGUGUUUUUUCUAGAGAUCCAUAGUGACACGGGCCUGUAAUCCCAGCCCUGGGAGGCUGAGGCAGGAGGAUGGCAAGUACAAGCCCAGCCU